CCAUCCACCUUCGAACCGGUCCAAUUUUCUUCGAGCAAUCCCGCUCGGCCCACUUGCUCCUGUCCUCGCCAUAGUCGGUCGGCGAAGCGCCAAACCAAACGGCGGCACGUCUCGCUCCUCCCUCCGGGUCCUCUCCAAUAAAAUCGUUCUCCUCUCUCCCCUUUCCAACCUCCCCGAAAUGACCCAGAGCUAGGGUUUCUCCUACCUUGCCCUCUCACCGAACCGAACCAGAACCCUACCUCGCUGCAAGGACCAUGGGGAAGAGCCCGAUGCAUGCGCCGCCAUGGUGGACGGCGGUGCUCAGAAGGCUCACCACCGCAUCGGCGGCGGAGUUGAAGACCCAGGCGGCGAGAGAGGAGGCGGAAUGGAAGCCACUCUACCGCCGGCUGUCGGUACUAGGCGGCGCCCCGGAGGGGAGCGUGACGGCGACGCUGGAUCAAUGGGAGAUGGAAGGGUGGAGGAUGACGGCACUCUGGCUUAUGAAGCACAUCCGCGAGCUCCGCAAGUACCGCCGCCACGAGCACGCCCUCGAGAUGAUGCAUUGGAUGGAAAAGAGAGGUAUGGAAACACCAAAUGGCUACCAUGCAGUACGCAUAGAUCUUAUAUCAAAAGUCAAGGGAAUAAGAUCAGCAGAGGAGUAUUUUUCAAACCUCCCGGAACCUGCCAAGAACCGGCGAACCUACGGAGCUCUUUUCAGUUGUUACUGUUCAGGGAGAAUGACGGACAGGGCCAUUGCCCUCUUAGAGAAAAUGAAGGAACGGAAGUUUGCAUCUCAUGUUCUCAUCUAUAACAACCUAAUGAGCCUUUAUAUGAAGUUAGGCCAGCUGGAAAAGGUCCCAAUCUUAUUCCAGGAAAUGAAGGCGAGUAAUGUCCUGCCAGAUAGCUGUACGUAUAGGAUCAUAAUGAAAAGCUAUGCCUCAAUGAGUGACAUAGUCUCUGUUGAGAGAGUUACACAGGAAAUGGAAAGUCAAGGUGCCUCAGAUUGUCUUACAUAUUGCCAUCUAGCUUGGCUCUAUAACUCGGCUGGCCUUUUUGAGAAAGCUGAGGUUGCCCUCAAGAAGGCUGAAUUAGUCAUGGGCAGCCAUGAUUUGUCAUCAUUCCGUUUGCUUAUAAGCUUAUAUGCUGCAGCUGGUAAUCUAUCAGAGGUCAAAAGGGUCUGGAAUUUGCUUAAAGCCAGGGUUCCAAGGCCUACCAACAUGAACUAUCUCAUCAUGCUUGAGGCUCUUAGGAAACUCGAUGAUAUGGAUGGACUGAAGCAAUGCUCCGAGGAGUGGGAAUCUGGCUGCGUGAACUAUGAUAUAAGACUGGUGAACAUACUCAUAGGUGCAUACUUAAGAAGGGGGAUGGUGGAUGAAGCCAAAUUGCUCCAGGAAAAGGCUGACCAAAUGGGUGAAUGGUCUGAUGAGCACACUUUUGUGCUGUUUAUAGAUCAUUAUUUGAAGAACCGUAAAUUAGAGUUGGCUCAAAAAUAUUCAAAGCUUGCAACUUCUAUUGUGAAGAAAGGGCAGUUGAAAACUAUAGAAACAGGUGAUGUUUCCUGAAUUGUGGGAAAGCAUGUGGCUCAGAAAUGUUUUCUUUUUAUCCUUUUUCUUUUAAUCUGAGGUAUCCACAAUAUUCAAGGUGAUUCCAAUCCUAAUUUGAUCUGUAUUAUGAAUUCUUUUUGGAGUAUUUAGAGCACCUAAUGCCAAUAAAAAAAAUCUUACUCAUG